UCUGCGAUGUCUACAAUUGCGCAACUACUAAAGCCAGAUAAGUUCGAAGUCGAACCCGGCACUCCGGAUGCUGAAUUAAAGUAUGAACACUGGAAAACGACAUUCUCAAACUAUCUUAGCGAAGGCAUGGGAAAAGAAACUUUUUCGGAAGAAACCAAGCUAAGGUUACUAUUAAACAAUUUAUCUUACAAUGUUUAUAUUCACGUUCGUGAAGCGAAAGAUUAUGUUUCGGCCAUUGAACUAUUAGACAAACUUUAUAUUAAAGAAAAGAAUAAGGUUCAUGCCAGAUAUAUACUGUUAAGAUCUGUACAAAAACCAGAUGAGAGCAUUUCAGAUUUCUUGCGCACGCUCCAGCAACGCGCCCAAAGUUGCUGUUUUAAAGCUGUAGAUGCUCAAACUCACAAAAGUGAAUACAUACGUGACGCAUUUAUUGCUGGGAUUAAUUCAAAUGAGAUCAGACAACAAUUAUUACAAAGUUUAGAUAUAAAUUUAGAUCAGGCCGUUAAUAAAGCCCUUUCCAUUGAACUGGCAAACAAUAACUCUAAAGACUACAAAAUUACUAGUAUGGAUUUCAAUAAUAUUGAGAGAACGACGACUACCUUUCACCAAAAGAAAUGUUUUUUUUUGCGGUGGCCAUGUCCACCAACGCAUAAAAUGCCCCGCAUUAAAUGUCACAUGCACCAAUUGCAACAAGAAGGGCCAUUAUGCCAAGGAGCUAUAUCUGCCGCCUCUCCUAUGAGCUUGAAAAAGACUACUAUAGUUUUAUCUAUCAAUAAUCACAGAGCCGAUGCUCUCAUAGAUAGCGGAAGCUCUACUAGCUUUAUAGACGAGAAUCUCGUUCAAGAACUGAAAUUAAAACGCAUUCCCUGGAACGAAAAUGUAACUUUAGCCUCCAAAAAUAACACUUCGUGUGUAAAGGGGAUGUGCUUCGUAGAUCUUAAAAUGAAUGAACAUUUCUACAGACGUAAACCUCUUUAUAUUCUUAACUCACUUUGCUCUGAUAUUAUAAUUGGACAUGAUAUCUUAAGCGACCACUCGUCAGUCGAACUUACCUUUGGAGGUACAAAGAAACCUCUUAAAAUAUGCAAUGUCAUAGCAGCUUCUGUUCCUGAAGUCUCACUUUUUGCUAACCUCUCUGAAAAUGUGAAGCCCAUAGCAAUUAAAUCUAGGAAACACUCAGAAGCUGAUAAAAUAUUUAUUGAAAAUGAAAUCGAGAAACUUUUGAAGGAUGGCGUGAUCGAGUCAACUAAUUCUCCUUGGCGAGCACAAGUGUUGGUUACUACAGACGUAGAAGAAGUGGAAUUGAUCGAAGCUAAUCCUCAGUAUUCUUACGUAAGACUAGCAGACGGGCGGGAGGCUACCAUAUCUAACAAACAUUUAGCACCACUUCCUCAAACUCCAAUAACCGUCCUGGAACCACAACUAGAAACGGAGACGAGACCAUUGAGUUCAAAUGGUAAUGCCGAAGUUGACGAAGUACGGAUGGAAGCAGAUUCAUCACACCAGAACACGGAGGAUUUUGAUUCUGAUUCACCACGCCAAGAUGAAGAAGUACUUCAAGAAGCUCCUUCUUCACACCCGGGAAUUAGCUCAGAGGAAACUAUAACUGGCAAUGAGGAGCGAGAUCGGACAAGAAGAUCUGGAAGACAAAGAAAAACUCCAGAUUAUCUCAAGCACUAUGUUCCUCGUUAA